AUGCGCAGCAGCAUUGAUGUCACUCAUGGGGUCCGGGGACCGCUGGUGCACUCCAAACUACAUGACAUAUUCCACUCCAGUGAUUAUCAAAGUGGGGUCCGGGGACCACUGGUGCUCUCCGAACUACAUGACAUAUUCCACACCACUGAUUCUCAAAGUGGGGUCCGGGGACCGCUGGUGUUCCCUCACUCCGAACUACAUGACAUAAUCCACACCACUGAUUCUCAAAGUGGGGUCCGGGGACCGCUGGUGCACUCCGAACUACAUGACAUAUUCCACACCAGUGAUUCUCAAAGUGGGGUCCGGGGACCGCUGGUGCACUCCGAACUACAUGACAUAUUCCACACCAGUGAUUCUCAAAGUGGGGUUGUUUACAAGAACAACGACGUGCGUCUGGAGCUCUCCCGCAUGGCGAAGCACGGCGACCCCAAGAUGAAGAUCCACGGCGUGGUGGCGUUCAAGUGUGAGAACGUGGCGACGCUGGACCCAAUCACCUUCGAGACGCCCGAGUCCUUCAUCACGCUGGACAAGUGGAACGCCAAGAAGACCGGCUCCAUAUCCUUCGACUUCAGAACCACCGAGCCCAACGGACUGCUGCUCUUCAGCCACGGCAAGGCCAAGGCGCCGGUGAAAGGGUCCAAGAGUCCUACGUCUCCGCGUGUGGACUUCUUUGCCAUCGAGAUGCUCGAGGGGCACCUGUACCUCCUGCUGGACAUGGGGUCGGGAACCACCAAGACGCGAGCCGUCAACAAGAAGGUCAACGACGGGGAGUGGUACCACGUGGACUUCCAGAGGGACGGCAGAUCAGGUAUGGACACUUUAUUGAGGGACGGCAGAUCAGGUAUGGACACUUUAUUGAGGGACGGCAGAUCAGGUAUGGACACUUUAUUGAGGGACGGCAGAUCAGAGGCGACGGUCCUGAGCUACGACGGCAGCAAGUUCAUGAAGAUCCAGUUGCCGGUGGCGAUGCACACGGAGGCGGAGGACGUGUCGCUGAGGUUCCGCAGCCAGAGGGCUUAUGGGAUACUCAUGGCCACCACGUCGCGAGACUCUGGCGACACGCUGCGGCUCGAGCUCAACACGGGACGCGUACGACUCACCGUCAACCUAGACUGUGAGAGGAUUAACUGUUCCACCAGUAAGGGUCCGGAGACGUUGACUGCGGGUCAGAACCUGAACGAUAACGAGUGGCACACGGUGCGGGUGAUGCGGAGGGGGAAGAGCCUACUGCUGCAAGUGGACGAGCUACCAGCAGCAGAAGGCCAGAUGGCGGGCGACCACACGCAGCUGGAGUUCCACAACGUGGAGACGGGCAUCCUGACGGAGAAGCGCUUCGUGCCGCAGCCGCCCUCCAACUUCAUUGGCCACCUGCAGAGCCUGCUCUUCAACGGCCUGGCCUACAUCGACCUGUGCAAGAACGGAGACAUCGACUACUGCGAGCUCAACGCCAUGAUCGGCUUCAAGAGCAUCGUGGCCGACCCCAUCACCUUCAAGUCAAGAUCCAGCUACGUGGCCCUCACUACGCUACAGGCGUACUAUAGUAUGCAUCUCUUCUUCCAGUUCAAGACCACCUCAUCUGACGGCCUCAUACUCUUCAACUCGGGAGACGGAAACGACUUUAUAGUGGUGGAGCUGGUCAAGGGGUACCUGCACUACGUAUCCGACCUGGGUAACGGUGCCCACCUCAUCAAGGGCAACUCCAAUAAGCCGCUGAAUGAUAACCACUGGCACAACGUCAUGAUCUCCAGAGACACCAACAACCUGCACACCGUCAAGAUCGACACCAAGAUCACCACACAGACCACCUCAGGGGCCAAGAACCUGGACCUCAAAGGUGACCUCUACAUCGGUGGCGUUGCCAAGGAGAUGUAUAAGGAGCUUCCUAAGCUGGUGCAUGCCAAGGAGGGCUUCCAGGGUUGUUUGGCCUCCGUGGACCUCAACGGCCGGCUGCCCGACCUGCUCUCCGACGCCCUGGCAUGCGUUGGCACCAUCGAGAGGGGCUGCGAAGGCCCCAGUACUACGUGUCAGGAGGACUCCUGUGCCAACCAGGGGGUGUGUCUUCAGCAGUGGGAGGGGUUUACCUGUGACUGCAGCAUGACAUCAUACGGAGGACCACUCUGCAGCGACGCGGGAACGACGUACAUAUUUGGGCGUGGCGGCGGGCUGAUCACGUACACCUGGCCCCCUAACGACCGCCCGAGUACGCGCGCGGACCGGCUGGCUCUGGGCUUCUCUACGCAGCAGAAGGAUGCGCUGCUGGUGCGCGUGGACAGCUCGACCGGACUGGGGGACUACCUGAAACUACACAUCGACAAGGGGAACAUCGCGGUGGUCUUCAACGUGGGCACGGACGACAUCUACAUCGAGGAGAAGGCAAAGUUUGUAAAUGAUGGCAAAUACCAUAUAGUGAGGUUUACAAGGAGUGGUGGUAACGCUACCCUGCAGGUGGAUGACCUGCCCGUGAUUGAGCGAUACCCCACAGGCAACAUUGAUAACGAACGCCUGGCGAUCGCUAGACAGCGAAUCCCAUAUCGACUUGGUCGAGUAGUUGACGAUUGGCUACUCGACAAAGGCCGACAGCUCACCAUCUUCAACAGCCAGACCACCAUCCAGAUCGGCGGCUGGGAGAAGGACCGUAGCCGCGCCUUCCAGGGCCAGCUGUCGGGCCUCUAUUACAACGGCCUGAAGGUCUUCAACAUGGCCGUGGAGGGCGACGCCAACGUCAAGAUCGAGGGCAGCGUGCGCCUGGUGGGGGAGGUGCCGUCCUCUUCCUCCAUCACGCCCCACUCCUCCUCUUCCUCCUCCUCAUCUUCCUCAUCGGGUUCGUCCGGGUCGUCUGGGUCCUCGGGGUCGUCCGGGUCGACGAUCAACCGCUCCGAGACGUCCACGUCCGUCAUGGAGAUCACGACCACCACCACCGCCACGAGCCGGCGCGUCAAGCAGACCACGCCCCGGGAGCCGCAGCAGUUCAAUAACCAUGUCUUAUAA